AUGGCUGCCACAGACGUAUGGAUGGACUAUGAUGCAAUUCGACACGGCAUUAAGGGCAACACCGUUGAUAGGCUGAAGCAAAUCUUGACGGGUUUGAACGAGGAGUGUGGCACGCACAUGUCGAAAUCUGGCAAGAAACAGGAAAUAAUCGAUAGGAUUAUUCAUACGCUGGAGUCAUGGCGAGCUAAUAAUUCUGAGGACAAAUGGAUGCGGGCCAAAAGUAUCAUAUAUCAAGUACGGUCUCAUGGAAGCUAUACGCCUAGUCGAAUGCCAUCGUUAACCACCACACUUCCACCCGUUCCCAAUCCUCACACCGCGUACGACCCCCCGAAACCUAACCAUUACACACAAGCCCUGCCAGGUUCAAGUAGUAGCAUCGGUCAUUACGACCCAUAUGCACCUCCUCGACGACCCACCGGUCUUACGCCCCAUCCUUCGUCUUCUGCGACCAAGGUCACAGGGAUCCGUUUCAAAGACUCCCCUUUUUUCGCAAUUGACCAAUCUGUAUCCUCUUUGGUAGAAUGUCCUGAAUCCACAAGUUCUACAGAUCGUCGAUCACAAUCGCUCACAUUUACGCUCACAGCUGAUCAAUCAACGAAAAUGAAAACUUCGUCAAAAUUUCAACUUCGACUUUUCUGCACGUCAUCUGUGUUUUUUCCUGGGAUGGGAUCUUUUAGAGCAGGAAACUUUCCGUGUCCCAUGGAAUUCCCUCCUACUUGCGAAGUGCGCGUGAAUGGCACACAAAUUACAGCUAACUUGAAAGGAUUGAAGAAGAAACCUGGAACGGCACCCCCUCCGGAUAUCACCAAAUAUUCGCGUACCACUGGGACGAACCGAGUUGAAAUGGUGUAUGUAAAUAGUCAGCAACCGGUUCAAUCAAAAAAGUACUUCAUAAUAAUCAUGCUCGUUGAAGCCACGACAAUCGAUAACCUGGUCAAUAACCUACGGGGUCAGCAUCUAAAAUCAGCAGUGGAGAUUCGUGAGAAAAUGCUACAGGCUUUGUCGGAAGACGACGAUAUCAUAGCAGGACCGCAAAAGAUGUCUUUGAAAUGUCCACUAACUUUUGUACGCAUUGUGACCCCUUGUCGCUCUUCGAAAUGCGUCCACCCUCAAUGUUUUGAUGCGACAUCCUGGUUCACCAUGAUGGAACAAACGACGACAUGGUUAUGUCCCGUCUGUGAAAGAACUUUGGAUCAUAAGGAUUUAAUCAUGGAUGGGUAUUUUGACGAAAUUUUAAGGCAAACUCCAGACAGCGUCGAGGAUGUCAUGGUUGAAGCGGACGGCCAAUGGCAUACCACAGACAACAAGUAUGGGUCUAGAGAGUGGAUUGCAGCUCACCCUCCCUCAGCUAAUUCAUCAUCUUCGUCAUCCAAGAAACCACCUACACCCACCCAUAAUCCUACGUGUCCACCAUCGAAUGGCUCAGACCAAGCCAACAGCAAGGGCAAGCAAAAGGAAAUAUUUGUGCUCGAUGAUUCGGAUGAUGACGAAGAUGAAGGCCGCGUGAAGCGGGAGUUAUCGCCGUCUUACGCCUCUUCUAUGAAUUUGUCUUUCGAGGGAACAUUGCCCCCCAUGACCCAACCACAAUCACAGUCCCGGCCUCAGUCGCAGCCGAGUACACAAGUCAUUGACCUGACUUUGGACGACUCGGACGAGGAGCAUCCCAUAAUUUCUCAUGCCCAGGGAAAACGUAGAGCGACGGAGUCCGACUUGGACAACUCGGCCGACCCAGUAUGGAAGAAGGCGAGGAUUGACCCCUCUUCACGCAUCCUACCCGCUCCGCCAGUGUCUUCAAUUCCGAACAGUAUUGCAACACUCCCGCACACAUCUUUGAUGAACAACCAUCCGCCUCCCUCCCCUGUUCAUUAUCAGUCCGUAUUCUCCGGAAACGUUCUUCCUCCGCCCACUGUCAAUGGUUAUCCACAUUACAACGCUGGGAGAAUAGGCCCUGCCAAUCCGUCACUACAACUCCCACCUUUGACCAACCCCACGUACCGCCAACCGCCACCACCCAACGGCCAGCGAUGGCGACCAGCAUAG